AUGGUGAAGGAGAAGGCAAAGAUGUGCAGGAAGGCCUGGGAAGGGCGUGAGGAAGAGGAGGAAAGUGGUGAAGGCAACGCACAGGCCAGGUCCCAUCGUCGUGUGGAAGCAGCCUUCCACUGCCGGACACGUGAAAACAUCUUCAUUGAGCAGAGAGCACGGCAGGAGCUGCGGCUCUACCCAGAGAGGGAGGGGAUGUUCCACCGUGGCUCAGGGCUGAACCUGACCAGCGGGCAGUACACAGCCCCUGUUGCGGGGUACUACACCUUCACCGCGACGCUGCACAUCGCACGCAGAGAGCAGCGGAGGAAGGGGCAGCCGUGCAGGGGGAAUCAUCUGCGGGUGCUGAUUUGCGUGCAGUCCCACUGCCAGCACAACAGCAAUUUGGAGACCGUGUCCCGGCUGGAGAGUGGUGGUGACCUUUUCACCAUCUCCGUCACCGGAGUCCUUUACCUGCAGGCUGGGCAGUAUGCCUCUGUUUUUGUGGACAACGCUGCAGGCUCUCCCCUCACCGUUCAAAGUGGCUCCGAUUUCAGCGCCAUUCUGCUGGGGGUGUGA